AUGGCAGUCAUCAACCUCGUGCCUUUGUGCACCGGUAUCAGCUUUGGUCUUCCGGCGGAUCUGCUCCACGUGGACCGCCAGAUGCUCGCGUGGUUCCAUCGCUGGCCGUAA